CCCUCAAAAGCCCUAUAAAUUCUUCUCUAACCCUCAAAAUCCCCGUCCCCUCCUCCUUCACAUCCACCACCAAGCUCUAGAAAUGGCCUCCACCAGGCCUUCCUCUCGUUACUCCUCCAUAGAUUCCGUCUCCUCCACCUCCUCCCCCUCCCCCUCUCCCUCUAACAGCAAGCACAGCAGAAACCUCUCCUCUUUCAAACGCCUCAUCUCCAACUCAAACGGCCGCCGGACGCCGUCCAAUCCGGUCGCCACGAUUGACGAUUCUUCCCGCGCCCUCGCCAAGAUAAGAUCCGGCGAUCUUGCCGCCGGGAAGGCCAAAACCGGCCAGAACUUUGGGAGCAUGGUGAGGAAGUUUAUGGAGAAGAGAUCGAAUUUGAAGCCUGGGUCGGCAGAUCGGACGGCUUUCGUCGUUCCUGCUGAUUUGAUCGCUGAGGAUCUGAAGAAGGCCGCGAAGGGCUCCAAUUUCUCAGCUUUGCACCGGAAGCUGUUCCAGAAGGGCGGAACGGUGGAGCCGACAGCGGGGAAGGCGUUGAUGGAGGUGAAAUCCAACACACGGACAUUGGCGAUGGUUCUCCGCAGCGAAAGGGAGCUUCUAAGCCAAAACAAGGAGUAUGAGGCGGAGAUCACGGAGUUGCGCUUGCUGAUUGAAGAAAAGAAUCGAGAGGUGGAGAAAUUGAAGAAUUUAUGUUUGAAGCAGAGGGAGGAGAUAAAAGCAUUAAAGGAUGCCAUUCUCUUUCCUGAUGUUAUGAAUUCCCAACUUCAGGAGUUGUUGGAGAAGCAGGGCUCUGAGCUGAAACAGGCUAAACAAGUCAUCCCGAGUCUCCAAAGGCAGGUCUCCUCUCUCACUGGACAGAUCCAAUGUCUUGCAGAGGGUCUUGCUGAGGUGAAGGCAGAUAAAAUUACUGUAAGGACAUGUUUUGAUGGACCUGUCUGCUCUCCAAGAACACCAAUAUUUGAUCAGGAGACCUCUAAUUCUUUGGAUUAUAGCUCUGCAGAAUUAGUAACGUCUGAUUAUGGUAGUCCUGAUGAAAUGUUCCUCAAGGACUUCAAUCCUUGUUUGACCCCAUGCUUUUCAAAGACAAAGUCUAAGGAAUACAAUGAGAUGCUGGGUUAUGAAUCGCCUGAUGAGGACAGAUACAAGGCCCUGUUGAGCCCAGAUAUGUUUUCUAGCUCUCGUAGUGGAAUACUGUCAAGAAGUUCCGAACAUUGCCAGAGGCCUAACUUAGUCAGCAGCACUGCAAGAAAAAUAUACAAAUCAGAUGAAAACAAAUGGUCAACUACAAAGCCAACAUCCCAAAAUCUUUUCUGAAGUUGACUGUCCCUGCAGCUUGAGUUAACGUCUGCAGUCUUUAUGUUAUCAUUUUUUCCCCUUUUCUCCUUGCCUGUAUUUGAGAUUUGCCUGUACUGUCAAGAGUUCGAUGCUUAAUCUUGUGUACUGUGUAUUGCAUGGCCAGACUAUAAGAAAGAGAAGUACUUAAUUGUUCUUAAAUACAUGGGAAGUAAUGCAAGUUAUGAAUUCAAAGCCAUGCUGAUAUUU